AUGACGCUGCAACCCUACAUGGAGCCCAACGAGACCGAGGUGUCACAUCCGCAGAAGCGCAUACGUUGGGCAACACAUCGCGCAACAGGCAUCAAAGCGGCAAACAAGCGACACUCUCUCAAGGAACGCCUCCACAGGCGCAUAGGCUCAGGCGGAGAGAAGCGAGACUCGUUAGGCAAAGAAGGCGGACUUCCGACCGACCCUUCUCCUGAGAGCUCAGAUGCAGGCGCCGAAGAGGGAGACGCAGGCCGGAGGGUCUACUUCAAUGUCCCCCUGCCUCAAACAGAACGCGACGAAGAAGGCCACCCUCUCGCACAGUACGCCCGCAACAAGAUAAGAACCGCCAAAUACACGCCGCUCAGCUUCAUACCGAAGAACUUGUGGUUCCAAUUCCACAACAUCGCCAACGUCUACUUCCUGUUCAUUAUUAUACUGGGCAUUUUCUCCAUUUUCGGUGCUAGUAACCCGGCCCUUAACGCCGUACCGCUCAUCGUCAUUCUCGUCGUAACGGCUAUCAAGGAUGCAGUAGAAGAUUGGCGGAGAACCGUCCUCGACAACGAGCUCAACAACGCCCCCGUCCACCGACUAGUCGACUUUAACAACGUAAACACGGCCGAAGACACGGUAUCACUAUGGCGGAAGAUCAAGAAGGCCACCUCCAAGAGCAUAGUCACAACAUGGCGGCUGAUGAAGAACUCCAAGAGCAAAAAGGGCGCAAAGGGCAAAGGAGGUGAUGACGCCGGCAUCGACGGCUCGCGCCCCUCGCACGAAACCCGAAGAGCGUCCAUCGUCUCACGCAGAGAAUCGUACUUUGGCAACGAGAACGACAUCCAGAUGACACCCGUGCCUUCGCCGCUACCAGGCCAAUCCCCUACGCAAUCCCCACCACUGACCCAUGGACCCGGUGAAGGAGACAAGAUUCGCGGCGCUGACGCCAACCCUGGCAUACAAAAGAAGUUCUGGGGAAGCGUAUUGAACCCCUACAAGACUGCCCCGGAAAAGGCACGCUUCAAGAAAGAUGCAUGGAAGAACGUCCAGGUCGGCGAUUUUGUGCGCCUCUACAACGACGAGGAGAUCCCCGCCGACGUAAUUGUGCUUUCCACCUCUUCCGACGACGGUGCAUGCUAUGUUGAGACGAAGAAUCUGGACGGCGAGACAAACCUAAAGGUGCGCAACGCACUGCACGCCACGCGAGAUGUGCGACACGCUCGACACUGCGAACGUGCCGAAUUCGUUAUUGAGAGCGAAGGCGCCCACUCGAACUUGUACUCGUAUAGUGCGGCCAUCAGGUGGCAGCAGCACAACGCAAAGGAUUCCGAAGCGCCGGCGUACGAAAUGGUCGAACCCAUCUCCAUCAACAACCUCAUCCUCCGUGGCUGUCAACUGCGAAACACUGAGUGGGUAUUGGGCGUCGUCGUCUUCACCGGAGAAGAGACAAAGAUUAUGAUCAACUCCGGAAUCACGCCCAGCAAGCGAGCCAGGAUCUCCAAGGAACUUAAUUGGAACGUUGUAUACAAUUUCUUCAUCUUGGCCGCCAUGUGUCUGGUCUCUGGAAUCGUGCUUGGAGUAACUUGGGCCCGGGACGACACCACUCAUUCAUUCUUCGAAUAUGGUUCCUAUGGAGGUGCUCCUGCUACAGACGGUGUAAUUGCCUUCUGGGCUGCCGUCAUUCUGUUUCAGAAUUUGGUUCCCAUUUCGCUUUACAUCACCUUGGAAAUCAUACGUACGCUGCAGGCCCUCUUUAUCUACAGCGACAUACAUAUGUACUACGCAAAGCUGGAUUACCCUUGCACCCCCAAGUCCUGGAACAUCUCAGACGAUGUGGGCCAGAUCGAAUACAUCUUUUCAGACAAGACAGGAACACUCACCCAAAACGUCAUGGAGUUCAAAAAGGCGACUAUUAACGGUGUUCCCUACGGAGAAGCUUACACGGAGGCUCAAGCAGGCAUGCAGCGCAGACAAGGUAUCAACGUCGAAGUUGAGGGCGCAAAAGCUCGCGAGCAGAUUGCACGCGACCGAGUGCGGAUGCUCGAGGGAAUUCGCAAGAUGCAUGACAACCCCUAUUUGUGGGAUGAGGAUCUGACAUUCAUUGCUCCGGACUACGUCGACGACCUACGCGGAGAAUCUGGCAUGGAACAGAAGAGAGCCAACGAGGAGUUUAUGAUUGCUUUGGCCCUCUGUCAUACUGUUGUUACCGAACGCACCCCGGGCGACCCACCAAAGAUCGAGUUCAAAGCUCAAUCGCCCGACGAAGCUGCACUUGUCGCUACUGCCCGUGACGUUGGUUUCACAUUCGUGGGUCGUGAAGAUGAUCGUCUCGUCGUCAAUGUUUUGGGACAAGAGCGCAAAUACCAAGUCCUCAAUACUCUCGAAUUCAACUCUAGCAGGAAGCGAAUGAGUGCGAUCAUUAGGAUGCCCGACAACAGAAUUGUCCUCUUCUGCAAGGGAGCCGACAGUAUGAUCUACUCCAGGUUGAUUCCCAAUGAGCAACGACAACUCCGUGCCGACACUGGUGAGCACCUAGAGAUGUUUGCACGGGAAGGACUCCGAACACUGUGCAUUGCCCAAAGAGAGAUCUCUGAAGAGGAAUACCAAGAGUGGAACAGGGACUAUGAUAUCGCUGCCAACGCUAUUCAGGGACGUGAAGACAAGUUGGAGGAGGUAUCUGAUCGCAUUGAAAACCACUUGUGGUUGAUCGGAGGAACCGCCAUCGAAGACCGACUUCAAGACGGUGUGCCAGAGUCGAUUUCUCUUCUUGGCCAGGCCGGUAUCAAGUUGUGGGUUCUGACAGGUGACAAAGUCGAGACGGCCAUCAACAUUGGCUUCUCUUGCAACCUGCUCGACAAUGACAUGGACCUCAUUAUCCUCAAAGUUACAGACGACAAUAUCGGUUCCAUUGAAGCCCAGCUCGACGAGAAACUGAAAAUCUUCGGCUUGGAAGGCUCUGAAGAAGAGCUGGCUGCCGCUCAAAACGAUCACGAACCACCACCACCUACACAUGCCAUCAUCAUAGACGGAGAUACUCUCAAGCUGGCCCUGGAUGAGUCAGUAAAGAGGAAAUUCCUUCUUCUCUGCAGGCGUUGUCGAUCUGUCCUUUGCUGCCGUGUCAGUCCUAGUCAGAAGGCAGCCGUCGUCAACAUGGUCAAGACCGGACUGGACUGUCUUACUCUUGCUAUCGGAGAUGGUGCCAACGACGUCGCUAUGAUCCAAGAGGCACACGUCGGUGUCGGCAUUGCCGGUGUUGAGGGUCGCGCAGCCGUCAUGUCUUCUGAUUACGCCAUUGGUCAAUUCCGCUUCCUUACUCGCCUUGUGCUUGUUCACGGUCGAUGGUCCUACCGUAGGCUCGCAGAAACGAUUGCCAACUUUUUCUACAAGAACAUCAUCUGGACGUUUGCUCUCUUCUGGUACCAGAUUUACACCAACUUCGACAGCCAGUAUAUCUUCGACUACACUUACAUCAUCUUCUUCAACUUGGCGUUUACGUCACUCCCUGUUAUCGUCAUGGGUGUUCUGGAUCAGGAUGUUGAUGAUAGAGUAUCUCUGGCCGUCCCGCAGCUGUAUCGACGUGGUAUUGAGCGAAAGGAAUGGAGCCAACCUAAAUUCUGGGCUUACAUGGUUGACGGUAUCUACCAAUCCGCGGUCGCUUUCUUCUUCUUAUACGAGAUCUUCGCACCCGCAACUUUUGCGACCUCCAACGGAUUAGACCUGGCCGAGUUCCGACGCAUGGGUAUCUACGCUGCAACUACAGCUGUUUGCGCGGCCAACAUCUACGUUCUAUACAACACAUAUCGCUGGGACUGGCUGAUGGUUCUCAUCGUCGUCAUUAGUACCCUCUUCAUCUGGUUCUGGACUGGAGUGUACACUUCUUUUACCUCAAGUGCUCAAUUCUACAAGGCUGGUGCCGAAGCAUACGGCACCCUCAAUUUCUGGGCUUACGUUCUUUGCGCUACGAUAGCGUGUUUGCUUCCGCGCUUCAUCUUCAAAGUGGUGCAGAAGAUGUACUUCCCUCUCGAUGCGGACAUUAUCCGAGAGCAAGUGAAGCAAGGCAAAUUCGAUUACCUGAGAGACAAUGACUCAUACCUUCCUCCGCCGCCAGAGAAGGUGGCUGGUGAGCAAGAUUCCAACCAGUCAUUGGAAGCCGAUGCUUCGAAGUACAAAGCCGCUAAUGCUGAUGCCAUGGACGAAGACGUCCGACCCAUCUACCCACCAUCAGUCGCUCCGACCGCUACGACGCAUAACCCAAGAAGCCAAAACGGCAGCAACAGCACCGAUUACACUUUCCGCCGCUCUAUGGAGGGCCUCCCACCCGCGCCCACCACGGAAACCCCUCUCAACCAUCGUAUGUCGACUGACUACCGAGUACGACCAAGCUUCGAUCGCGCACGUAUGUCUAUGGACCGCGUGCGCCCUAGUUUCGAGCAAAGCAACGACUUUACCUCGGCAGCUAUGCUGACACGACUUGAGUCGUCGCAUAGCCGUAACAGCUUCCAAGGCCACAGGAAUAGCUACCAAUAUAAUUCUCCCAACACACAACCAGCAGUUAUGAGCCGGUUACGCAAUGCGAUACGCAGAGCGACAAUUACACGAGACGAGGCGCCAGAGCAUCUUCGUCAGAAUCAAGAAGAUGUACCGGAAGUUCCGGCAGUACCCAAAAGCCCACCACGAAGUCCGCGAAGUCCGCCCAGAUAG